AUGCUGGUAUCCAAGUACGUCCCUAAGAGUGAUCAGCUGCUUCAAGGGGCGGGCAUCCAGGCGAAGAAGGACGAACAGCCGGCGAACACGGCGCGGAGUUACGCGGCGAAGCAGCGGGAGUGGAAGGCCUGGUGCCAUACGCCUCGGGCUGCAGCAGACGGCUCGCUCUAUAGCUGGCCCGACGGCGAGCUCGUAACGCCGGACAAGCUGGCGGCGUGGCUCAAAGAGGAUAUCCUGUUACGACGCGUUGUGCCGCCGCAGAAGAAGAAGCCGCGCGCGCGGGGUAAGGUUAGGGGCAACGGCAACGGCGAGGCCGUACAGGUACGGCAACAGCGUGAGCAGGAGCAGCUCGAGGCCGCGGCCAUGGCAGAGGCCGAAAGCCUGGCCGAAGCUUUGGAGGUCCCCCUGGCCGAGGCCGCCGAGCUGCUCGCUGACGACCGCGAGGGCUACGUGCCACCCACAGGCCUCGCGACGGCUGCAGUAGACCUUACCGAAGGGUCUUUGCUUACGAGGGGCACUAUCGACGCCUAUAUCGCGGCCGUUAUCGAGCUAUGGAGACUCCAGGUGGCUCACGGCAACGCGAAUACGGAGAAUCCCCGGGGCGCCGCCGCCGGCUACCUCCCGAUGAAUGGCUUCGGAUCCAGGAUCUCCUUCUCACUGGCGCCGCGUAUACGCAGCAAAACCUCCGUACGCGAGUCGACCUCCUCUUCGGCCACUACUACCUCUUACGGGGAGAACCGCCGCAAGAUGGAGCUUGCAGACCUAUCCCUACUCGACUAUCCGCCUUCGGAGGCCCGACCCCUGUGGGUGCCUGCUCUUCUUUGGCGCUGGCACGUCGCCGGCGAACCACCCCGUCCUUCCGGCGCCGUCAGGACUGGUAUCGGAUCAAGGUCCUCGUCGGGCGGGACCGCGAGCAGGAGCUCGUACCCGACGCAGCUACAAGAGACCUGGCGUAUCUUCGGCGCUGCCGGCCUUAUCGCGUCGAAGAAGACGCACCUCCCGCGCAGGGUGGGCGCCCAGGACGCGGAGACCCAUGGCACGUCGCUCGCCCAGAUCUCGCAGGCCGGCCGCUGGAACCAGAGCGUGCUCUGCCAGGCAUAUCUUACGCACCUACCGCGGCAGUUCAUGCGGAUCGUCGCCGGCUUCUCGGCCUCCCCGGGGGACUACUUCCUCGCGCGUGCGGCUCACGAACCCCCGUACGUCUUACAAAAGCAGCUGUGGCCGUGGAUCGAGGAGUGGGAACCCCGCUUUGAGGCGCGCGCGCGCCGGCAAUGCUGGGCAGAAGGCGGUCUCGACGACGACGACCUAGCCGCUGACGGCUUCCUUAAGCUUAUGCGGCGCCUGCGUAUAGUACUUCUGCAGGACCUGGCCGUCCUACAGCUCCGCUACCCGUCGCUACCGUUCUUCGCCUACGCCCCUUUUAGCGGGCCCGAGUGGGACGAGUUCGCCGUCGCCGUGCGGUCCACCGCGGUAGGGGCUAUGGAGCCGGUAAGCCUGCUCGUACGACGCGCGCUGCCGGAACUAAGCGGCGUCAUAGAGUGCACGCGGGAGGCCCUGUUACAGAAUAGUCAGCGGCUCGCCAUCCGGCUUGAGGCCCGGCUGGACGGGAUUCAGGGCGGCCUCGAUGCCCUCCUCCAAGGCAAGGUCCCUAUCACCUUUACCGGCUACUUCGGAGCCGGGUCAGCAGAGGCGCUGGCGCUGGCCCCGGCCCCGGCGCCGUCAACAGUACCUACCUUGAAUCUCAAUACAGCUCCGGCCCCGGCCCCCGCCCCAGAGCCUCUGGUACCAGGCAUGCCUAUCGUCACAGCCCUGGCAAGGGUCUUUACGGUGGGGGACGUCUGGAAGGAGUGGGAGGAAGGGUUUGCAGGUCAGAAGGCCGUACGGGAGCUGGAAGAGACGUGGGGAAGCCGCUGGCGCCCGGGGAACGGGGUCAGAGUGCAGUUCUGUCGUCGGAAGGUGAUCUGGGACGAGCUGUUGGCCCGUAUGGCGUCCGGCAAAUGCAAGGAGGCGGCCGUUGCAGAGCUAGAGCUGUUACGCGCCGGCCGAAGCUUGAACCGACUCGUCGACGAGCUCAAACAGUGCCGACGGCGGGGCCAGGAUCGGGGCCAGGGCCAGGGCCAGAUGCGGGUCCAACUCGAGGUCAGGGCCGUCGGGGGCGGAGGACCCGGCUGGGAAAGCGGACCGCCCCUCGUCGACUUCCUGUAG